AUGGACCGACAAUUCCGCGAACUUAGAAUCGAUGGAGAUCGCGAAAGCAGUUACGGGAGUGUUUUUUCCGUGUCUGGUCCAGGUAGGUUUAUCCUUACCUGUACGUACUGACGCAUUUCCUUCACAGUUUUCUGAGAUCUGUUUGCCAUUUUCCUCCAUUCAUAGUUGUGACUGCUGAGAGGAUGGCAGGUUCAGCCAUGUACGAACUGGUCCGUGUCGGACACGACAACUUGGUUGGCGAGAUUAUUCGAUUGGAGGGAGACACUGCAACGAUCCAGGUCUACGAAGAUACGUGUAUCCUUUUUGCCAUUUUUUGCAUCGAUGCAAGCCAUAAUCUUUUUUCUCAUGCGCUUGAUGUCACUUAGACUCCGGAUGCUUUUGGUCUCUUUAUCUGCCAUUUUACGAUGCCAUCUUCUCCAGGUUCGCCGACGUGCCCUCUAAGAUAGGGCCACCCCGAGUGAUGUGUUAGUUUCCCUAACUCUUCUUCCCAAUAGCUGGCGUAACUGUUGGUGAUCCUGUACAAAAAACUGGCAAACCGCUCUCCGUCGAGUUGGGUCCGGGUAUUCUAGACAGUAUUUUUGACGGUAAGCCAGAUCUGACUUCCCCUUGUUUUAGUCUUGGCUUUUAUGGUUUGCCAUGUCCAUGGGGGACGGUCAGUCAACGAAGCCGAUUAUUCGCGGCAGACUUAAUUAUUCUUAAGUUAUUGAGACUUGUGAAAUUGGGCUGGCGAGUACGUGAGAGCAUUCGGGGUCUUCAUCAUGAGUAACCCAACUCUGAUGAUCCCGACCUUCCUUCUUCUUUGUUGACGGGUGUCAUCCAUCCCAUGUCUUUUAGUCGCCGCUGGACAACGGUCUACUUGUUGGUCCGGGGGUCUGUUGUUGCACGAAUUAUUUCGAGGAACAGAUAACAGUUUAGAAGUUCGGGGCGGAACUACAGAGUCAUCCCAAAGGAAUCUGGUUCGUCUCGUGAAUGAUCCUCACAUGAAGAGUCGAAGUGCUGAGUAGACGUGACUUAUUUCGUAAAUAAAGACACGUCAAAACGACCUUCUACUAAAGUGAUUGUAACUUCUACGUUUUAUUUCCUUGCAAAUUCCUGCUCAUUGUUGCUCUAGUGAGCCAAACCUCAUGACAGCCGUCAUUGGGGACUGCAUCCACACGAAACAUAAGAAGUUUCUCCACUACAGUAGACCUGGCGCGCUCGAAUCUACAGUAACCCGCUAAGAGUCAUGGUUUGAGUGGUUGGUAUCUAAGUAGAUAACUCAUUCCUCAUAACUAGAGGACUGAGGGUCAGGCUGUAGCAGCUUUUUCAACGUGACCUUCCAGCACUCAUUCACACGAGGCCCGAGUCGUUCAGGACGUGCGUGGCACGGGUAGACGGCUACUCCCGGCUAGUUGAGUGAGAGGAGACAGCGCGCGGGAGAUGUUAAGGAAGUUCGCCUCAUUCAAAACUAAUUUAUGCGCUCAUUCCUUGGGGCACGCGAUGGGAAACGUCGCUCUGUCAAAUCUGACUCAACAACGUCAUCUAUUUCGGUGACCCAACGCACACACACACACCUUUGGCAAUUCAUCUUUUUCAACAGUGGCCGUUCAGCCCAUUAGGGCUAUGGUUGGAGUGUUAGGGCACUGCAAAUUUUUUUGUGUAGUACAAUCCGGUGGAAUAUGGUUGUUCGGAACAUGCUUUGGCAAUAAAAUUCGUGAGAAAUAUUCAACAGCUGUCUUCACAAUCCUCUCCAACGUGUUUGUGUUCAUGGUUGUAAUUUGUCCGCCCUGCAACGUUCAGAGACAGUUUGCGCAGGUGUGUAGUCUUCGAUAAUUUUCCUUAAUGCUUUGACGGUUUAUGUGGAGAUGUUCAACGAGGCCAGUCCGAACCUUCACCAUGAAUGUUCAAAAAAUACGGUGAAUUCGGUCACUGAAGGCCUUUUUGUCGUUGCCUAGCUUCCUUUAUCUGGUUGACUUCGUAGCUUUUAACUCUUUCGUCGCGACUGAUCUCCAUGCCUGCUGAUAUCGAGACUUUUUAGCGUGUCCUUAUGCUCUUUUUUCCCUUCUCGUCUACAGCAGCAGCCGGUCUUAAGCCAUAGGGUCGUGUUUUUAUAUAUACUCUCCACUCGUUGCGCAGGUAUUCAGCGGCCGCUGCAGGACAUUCGCGCGUUCACCGACUCCAUAUACAUUCCAAAAGGCGUUAGCGCGCCGUCGUUGGACCGAAAGAUUGCCUGGGAGUUUGACCCCAUGCCAAACCUGCGUGUUGGCAUGCACAUCACCGGUGGCGAUAUCUACGGCACGGUGAAUGAGAACAGUCUUGUGCAGCACAAGCUUAUGCUGUCUCCGAAGGACCAGGGUACCAUCCGAUGGAUUGCCCCGCCCGGGAACUACACCAUCUUGGUGAGCUUCUCACCUCUUUUGUCCCACUCUCUCUGCAAAAUCCUUCCUUCUUCCCGCCGCUCCGUGAUCUUUGUCCCCCGUUUUGUCAAGUGCUCAUCCCGCCUUAGUCUGUGAAAUCUCCGUCACUCUACAGUUUAAUUUUAUGUACAGUAGGUGGGCUAACACAUGAAAUGUCAACUGAAAUUCCGAAAUGCGUUUUCGCUUCUAAAGGAUUAAUUAAGUAGGGUUGUAAAACUAAUCAUCUUGCAGAAUAAUUCUACAAUAAUUCAUUGACCUGAGGAUGUCGGCUUUCGAACGAACUUCCUUCCCGCUGCAUGCAAAAACUACACUUUGUAAAAAGUGACUACUUAAGUAGCAUGCGUUUUCCUCACUGAUUUUCGAUGCCCCUAAAAGUCCAAUUAGAUUACAUAGAAAACAUGCACAAAAUAUUCAUUUUUUUUCGCUCAUUCGGUAGAAAAUUACAUCUUUCAAUUUGCUACUCGAUGGAAGGACAUAAUUCGGUUUUAAUUGUGGGACUUUAAUACCGUGAAAUGGCCGUUCAUAAAACGUCAUAUCUCUGCAUUUAUCAAUGUGGCUUGUAAAGUUAACAGUAGAGUUCAAAUCCACUGCCAAAUUGUAUGAACGCUAUAUGGUCUCCUCUUAAUACCGUAGGGAAAUGUGUGGUUUUCCAUGCGUGAAAAAUGCAUGGCUUGUAGUUUGGAAACCCUGAAUGCAAGCGUGACGGCAGAGCGGGUUCAAAAUUACUCGGGAAUUGGAAAAGUUUUUGAAAACCAAAGAAUACCCUUCUUUCGAGUAUAAGAUCGGAAGAAGACGUAAUUUAUACCGAAUAGGUAAAAGAAUGAAUAUGUUUGUGCAUGUUUUCCAUUAAAUAUAAUUGGACUUUUGGGGGCAUCGACAAUCAAAGAAAAGAAUUCAUGCUACUUAAGUAGUCAUUUUUUACAGUAGUCAUUUUUCGCAGGAAGUUCUUUUGAAAGCCGGCAUCCUGAGGUAACUGAAUUUUUAUAGAAUUAUGCUGCAGACUGCUUAGUUUUAUAACCCUACUUAAUUAAUCUUUUCGAAACGAAAGCACAUUUCGCAAUUUUGGUUGACGUUUCGUGAGUUAGGCCACCUACUGUAUGCGUGAGGAAGAACCUUACGACCCUUCCGUUUUACUCUGUAGGACAAAGUCCUGGAGACAGAGUUCGACGGCGAAGUGACGGAGCACUCGAUGCUGCAAGUCUGGCCUGUCAGAACUCCACGCCCGGUUGCGGAGAAGCUGCCCGCUAAUAAUCCUCUCCUCACUGGUCAACGCAUCCUCGAUGCCCUCUUCCCGUGA